AAAGCGAAUAAUCAGGGAAUGCCACACUGGGGGACUGAUAAGAAGAACACUGCUGUUAUCGAUGAUCCUGCUGAGUGCGGGGGAGCUCCCCUUUGGAAACAUGCAAUUCUGGAGGGAAGCUUCGAAGCUUGGGGAAGCUGGGGGCUAUCAGGAUGCGACGUGGAUGAGAAAUGAACUGAUGAUACUGAGUUCAUGUACACCGAGUGUCAAUCGGAAAUACCCUAAGCGCAGGGAAGCAUCCUGACCAUUCCAACUUUUCUUUCCCUUUUCUCUCCUCUUUCGGGGAGGUAGGGUGCUCCGAUGAAGAUGCAUCAGUGCGCGGAACGACCCUUUUGGCAGCGGGCAAACGCUGCAGAACAAGCUUUUACUGCGGGAGCUUCCUGGAUCCUACGUUGUGAUGCGGCAAUUGAAAAAUCGUGGGGGGUCGAGUCAGGAGUUGGAUAAGCUUAUCAACUUAUGAAUCAUGAGUGACCGAGGUUUUCGUGGAUGUCAUGACAUUUGGGGGGCACGUAUGGUUCUGACACGAUCCAUCGGAAUGUUACCUCGGCAGCAGACUUGGGGACACGGGGUGGGGCCGGUAUUCGGGGGCAUGCGUAUCGGACUGGCCAGGUCCGCUCCGGGGCGAAGGCCGGACUCCAACUUCGCUCUACCUGUACACACCUUUGCUGACCUCGCCAUUCGAUCCACAAUCAAUUCAUAAAGUUGUUCUGUGAAUACUCCUCUAGCAAGUUACCUCGAAAGUAUGUAAGCUAGGUUGAACUACCUGCUAUCC